CCUCAACAUUUCUAUAUCAUAUCUUAUAUACACAGAUCAAACUUCCACCACAAAGUAGUGAAAACAGUGUGAGAGAAAAAAAUAACAGAUUUUAAAUGGCAUCGGGGCAACAUCAGGAUCGAGCUGAGGCAGCUUCGAAAAUUGCUUCCAAAGAGCUUGAACAAGCCAACAGAGAGAGAGCGCGUGAUGAUGUGGGCGUUGUGGAUGAAGUCAGUGUUGUGGAUCAGCAACACGAUCAAGAUCAAGAAAAGCGUGGUGUGAUAGGGUCCAUGUUAAAGGCGGUGCAAGAGGCUGUGGCUGGGAAGAAAGAAUCAGUUCCUGCGAAAGCACACACCACAGAGGUGAUUCAUGAUGUUAAUAUCCAACCCGAUGACGAGACUGCUGGGGAAGUGAGAGACAUAUCAGUAUCCAAGAAUCCUGGGAUCUACGAUUCUUUAGCCACGGACGAAACCGGUUCCAAGGCUGGUGAAUACGCAGAUUAUGCUGCCCAGAAGGCGAAGGAAACAAAGGAUGCAGCAAUGGAAAAAGCUGGAGAGUACACAGAUUAUGCUUCUCAGAAGGCGAAGGAAGCGAAGGACAAGACUAUGGAGAAGGGUGGGGAGUAUAAGGAUUACGCUGCUGAGAAGGCGAAGGAAGGAAAAGAUGCUACGGUGAAUAAGAUGGGAGAGUACAAGGACUACACUGUGGAGAAGACGAAAGAAGGGAAAGACAGUGCUAUGGAGAAGCUUGGGGAGCUGAAGGAUUCUGCUGCGGAUGCUGCUAAGAGGGCUGUGGAAUACUUGAGCGGCAAGAAAGAGGAAACCAAAGAGAAGCUCUCGGAAUCCGCCGAGGUCGCAAAGAACAAGGCUGCGGCGACGGCAGAGACGGCCAAGAACAAGGCUGCCGAGACUGCUGAUGCAGCGAAGAACAAGACUGCCGAGACGGCUGAGGCAGCUAAGAACAAGGGUAGGGAGAUGAAGGACAAGGCUGCAGAAACUGCGGAGGCAGCAAAGAACAAGGCUUCAGAAACUGCGGAGGCAGCAAAGAACAAGACUGCAGAAACUGCUGAUGCAGCGAAGAACAAGACUGCAGAAACUGCUGAUGCAGCGAAGAACAAGACUGCUGAAACGACUGAGGCAGCAAAGAACAAGGGAAGGGAGAUGAAGGACAAGGCUGCAGAAACUGCUGAGGCAGCGAAGAACAAGACUGCAGAAACUGCUGAGGCAGCGAAGAACAAGACUGCUGAAACGAAUGAGGCAGCGAAGAAUAAGGCUGUGGAGAUGAAAGACAAGGCUGCACAAAGUGCAGAGGCAGCAAAGAACAAGACUUCAGAAACAACUGAUGCUGCGAGGUAUAAGGCUCUUGAGAUGAAGGACAAGGCUGCGGAAAGGGCUUGGGAGAGAACCAACAAGGAGAAUGUGAGAGGUGGAGAUGCAGAUGCAAGGAGGAAAAUGGAGGAGCUAAGGCUACAUGAUAAAGGGUUCAAAGAUUUUUCUGAGGGACGAGGAGAUAAUAAUAAGGUGGUGAUGAAAGUGGAAGAAAGUCGACCAGGGGCAAUGGCGGAAACACUUAAAGCAGCGGAUCAGAUGGCAGCGCAGACCUUCAACGAUGUGGGACGCUUGGAUGAAGAGGGGGUCGUAAGAAAGAAAUGAUGCGAUGUUUAGUGUAUUUGUAGUAUAUGUUAUGUGAUAAAAAGUUGUUUGUUUAAAUUGUGGUUUUCUUUCAAAAUAUGUGUAUGGUUUUGAAUAUUGGUUCUGUAUAGGUUCAUGUAGUGACCAUGGAACCAUUAUUACAUCAAUAAACAUUGUUCACUUUCUUUGUGUAAGUGAGAAUAUGCAA